UAAUAAGCAGAAAGUCAAUCUCGGGCAUGUCUGUCCCUUUCCAAGCUUUCCUUGCUUUUUUUUAUUCAAUCCCCAAAUUUGAAUUAGGUCAAUAUUUUCCCUUCAAGGCGUUGGCUGCCGGUGUUCUCCCCUCUUAUCUUCACCGUAGACAAAUCCAAGGAGUAGGUCUGUGCUAAAUGAGUGAAAACCAGGACAUCCCUUGCCCAAUUGGGGUUGUUUCGGACGCUGAGAGUGAUCCCCCUGAAAAUGAACCGGAUGAUAGCCAGAUGCAUUUGUCAACUAGAAGCAAGAAAAGAAGCCGGGAAAUCGAAGUCGAAGCUAAAGGAAAAGCCCCCAAGAAAUGGACAUCGGGAAAAGAAGCUUCAACUUCCCAGCAACAGUCAAAACCGAAAAGUGAAAAGAACUGUGGGAAAGCUGUGCAAAACAGAUUGAAAAAUAUCAACCAUCAAAUUGACAGACGAAGAAAGGCGUACAAAAUGAGUGAUUUGGAAUUUCUGACAUGGGUAAACCCGAAAUCCUUUCCUGUACCAUCAAAAAUUCCUGCCUCCUUCAAGCAAAUCAAAAAGGGGUGGCCAAUGCGUCCUGAUCUCCAAAGCAUUCUCCAAAAGAUCCAGGACAUCAAGGCCAAAUUCAAAGAUCAUUUUAAAGAUCAUCUUUUAACAGAAGUUACAGUGACUGAGGAAUUGGAUACAGUAGAAGCUAAGUUAAAUGAAUUAGGUCAAAAACGAUCAGAGGAACAAACAAGGGACCCUGAUGCAGUCUUCUCUAACAAUAAGGACACCAACAUGGGGACUGGGACUCUAAUAAAAGAGUUUUGUUCAGCAUAUCCAUGGCUUUUUUCUCUUGAUCAACAUCCAGAUCAAGAUCAUGGAAGUUUGUCAACUCUUGAAGGAAUACAGUCUCUAUUGAAGAGUUUUGAAAACCAACUUUAUGACGAAAACAACAAUAAAGUGUCUGUCGAAGAUUUCGAAGGAUUAGAAGAGGCAUUAAAGAAACCUAAAUCCUCGGGUCUUCUUCCUGACUACCUCAGACCUAUUGCGAACCAAAUCGAACAGGCUCGUGGGAAAGCUACUGGGAUUGCCCACACUUAUGUUCAAGUUUUUGUCUGCGCUGCUAUCAAGGAGAUGCAAGAUUUUGCACCCGUGGAGAUGGAUAUGUUGAAAAUAUGGGCAGCGGCGCUCAAUUAUGCUAGGCAACAUGGUUUUCAAGUGACAUUUGCUGAUCAUUUACUGAGGAAGAAUUUUGAUGCCUACAUUCAUAAUAAAUUUGGUUUGGGUUGGUUCGGGUUAUGAAAUUUUCCAAUUAUUUUGGAUUGGAUCUUUCUCUGGAUUUAGUCAUUUUAUGCUCUGGUUGUUUCAAGUUUGCUUCAAUUUGGUUGUCCCAAACGUAGAAACUUUGUGGUUUUCGGUAUGAAAUUGUGUAGUUUGUUGUGUAAUUUGUAUCGUGUACGUGUGUGUAUGUUGGUGUUAUGUAAUCGUCUUAAUAAGACUUAUUUUAUGUUGGUGGUAUUUUUCAUGUUCCAUUUUUUACCGGUAUUUGGAAUUUGAAAUAUGUAAUUGGGUUCAUGUGUUUGUUUUGUUGAA